AUGCAACUAGAAUGUAUAGAGUUGCUAGAUGCACUUACUGAAGAACAAAUCAUGGAAGCCUAUAAAAUGAUAGAUGAAACUAUAAGAAACUUUAAUAUUAAUAACUCGCAAGGUCUAGAACAUUUUGUAGAAAUAUUAAUAGAUGUUGGUUUCAAUUACAAUCUCCAUAAUAAUAAAAAAGAAGAAGAAAUUACAUACCUGCUCUCAUAUAUUCGAUUAGCUCUACUAGUAGAAAAAAAGGCUUUACCUCCAAAAGAAGCUAAUGAUAACGACAAUGAUGAUGCUGAUCCUAGCAAAGUUGAUAAUAAUUUUGAUAAUAAAAUAAUUAAAUUGAAGCUAAGUAAACUCCAAAGGAUUACUACCACUGAACCUCAUUGUCUAGAAAUAUUUCAAACAGAAGUUGAUGCGUAA